AUGUGGAACUUCAUCGGCACACGCGGCCCAAGACUUCUGGACACGACUCGUCUCACUCACGGCCCCUUUGAGAUGUAUCACCCGGAGACGCUUGGGGAGAACGAAGAGGAUGCCAUGCAGCUCAUACCACACAACAACAUAUGGGCUAAGAACGAGCAGACUCAAAAUAGCCAAUAUUUGCCUAGCAUGACGAGUCUCAUUGACGAGAGAUUCCUCGGACCCGUUCUGGUUACUGGCGAGGCGUCCGGCUCGCUCGGUACCAAGUUUGUUCCCUUUCUCGACGCACCAAAGCCCAGCUACUACCCUAGGAUAUGUCUAUCAGCAGCCCAGAUAACGGCCCUCGCAAACACCAACCCUGCUGUGCCCCAUUCGCCCCCUCCGACCCGUUUCAAGGUAUCCCAGGGGGACGCGGUGCUGUUGAACAUUAUGGAUUGCCAGAGGACAUCGGCUGAUGAAUGGAUGGAUCUGUUACAAAAGCAGGGAGGGGGUGAUGGCUCGGGGACUUCGACUGAUGCGGACGGCGAGGUAUCGGAGUAUGACGAUGCCUCGGAGAGUGAGAGUGCCGAUGAUAUGUGGAGGUCGGAGGACGAGGAUGAAAACCCCAUGGUUACGCACAUGUUAUCACGGCGUUCUGGCACCCCGGUGCGGCGGUGACGCUGCACUGGGGGCCCGGGAUAUACCAACAAUAACAGAAGUGAACACGCUAGAUUCCUUUAGACAAAUAUACACGGGCACUUUGAGCAUUUCCUUAACCUCAGAUGUCUCGCCCCCCUACUCGAGUAACCUUUGGGAUCGAGAUUUCAAACCCAACUGCAAUACCGUUUCUAAG